GUGACAAACAAAGCAAAACUAAGAGCUACUGCAAAGGCGGGACGGUGUCUCAGCUGGAUCUGCUUGGAGCGACGACUGUGGCUGUUGAAGUGCCCAAAGGAGGAGAACUAGACCAGAUCCUGUUCAAUGCCAAAGCAGCACCAAGAGGUGGCAGAAUGAUUUACCGUGACACCUAAAAGCGGCACCAACAUUAUCAUCACAAGGAUGUUUAAUGAGCCAGACUGCAAAGUGUGCGUGGAUGAGGCGCCCAAUCAGAAAUGCAACCCAAGAUUUCAGAGAAUUACUGAGCCUCGCAACACCUCGGUGGAGUUUACCUGUCCUCAACCUCAGGAUAUUUUUAAUGUGGAGAUCAACAGAGAAAUUGACUGCACAGAGAUCCCCUGCUCUGGUGUCAUCAUUCAGGCUGAGUCCUCGCUGUUCCCAGACUUCAACCGGACCUUCACCUGGGACCUGAAAGUUGAUGCCACUCGGGCUUUUCAACUGGACUUCCCAGAAACAGGAAUUCGACAGAUUCCCAGUGGGGAGACCUGUCCGGAUAAGCACACGUACUCUUUUCUUACCUAUAUGCGUGGAACAGCAAACCUCGGUACCUUUUGCAAAGAGGGGCCUGUGACUACCAUCUUGCCACGAUACAAGGGCCGUGUGUCUCUGCAGGUACCCGGAGACACGAAGCUGGACCCUGUUGACUUCAAAGUCAAAGUUGGGCCUGAGACCGACAUGUUGGCCAUAAUCAAAGUCAAUCUACCACGAGGUGUAUCGGCCACAGACUUCAUCACAGCCAACUAUCCCAACGAUUUCCCUGAUAAUCAACAGAUGCAGUGGGACUUCACGGUGCCCGGCAUGCACAACUACACAAUGCGUUUCCUUGAUCACACAGCGCCGGAAUGCCUCAAAAAAGAAGUGGAGGUGGAGUAUCUGAAAGAGGACAAGAAGGUGACAAAACUGACUCUGACGGAUCCUCAGCCGGAGCAUCAGCAGGGCAACUUCAAAAUGGUGCUCAAAAAUUGUGAAACCAACAGGACGCUUCAAGGACUCACCUUGAACUACAGAGUUUCUGUGAUGAGGAGCGGUCAUCCAGUUCUGUGCACGGUGGAUCUAACCAAACAACAAGGAGUGUCCGUACAGAUAGAGAAAGUGGGCUCUGAUCCAUAUUGUGAGAUGAGCAUUGACUCCAAGGUUGAGAAGAUGAUAAACGUGGCCGCAGGAACAAAGGCCGGCCUGUCCUUCCUCGACUGUCCAAAAGAAGAUGUGCGCCUGACUGCCAGUCAAGUCAUCAGUUGCCAAAAUCUGGCUUCAUGCACCCCGACUCUCCUCACUGUGCCCAAACUGGAUGCCUGUCUACCAAUGCCCCUGCACAGCUUCACCUGGCACCUCAGAUUCCCUCAGGACAGCACCGUGGACCUGGUGUCGCCUGUGGGGAAUCUCCAGCAGUCCCUGCCCGGCCAGGAGUGUAAUCAGUCCGUCUCGUUGCGUGUGACGGAGGACGACGGGUUUACUGUAGGAGAUUUCUGCUCUAAGGGCAACGUCCAGAAAAUUCAGGUGCACGCCAACGUCUCCGUCACUGCUACAGCCAACGACUUCAGCAAAACCAAGGGGCCUUUUCUUAAUGUCAGCUUCAGUCAGGAGAUCCCAGAGACCAUUAUUUACAGAGUCAGCCCUGAGACGCUGGCUCCGACCCUGCUGGCCACCCCCAACUGGCCUCGGGGUAUGAGGGAUUCCUCCACCGUGUCCUGGAUCGUCACAGUGCCGAGCGGGUACCAGGCGCACAUGCAAUUUGUCAACAUCAGCCAGCCCAAAUGCCGCGACCGGCACACCGCCAUGACGGUGAAGCUGCUGGGGUACGAGGAGGAGAUCAUGAGCCGCAGGGAGGACGAGGCAGCGGAGGACAAGCUAUUGGUCCCACAUAGUUUCUAUCUCAACAUGUCCAACUGUAUACCAGAGGAGGGACACUUUGGUGCAGUGACCAAAAUCACCCUGCAGAAGAAAACCAAUCUCUUGGCCAUCCUCCUUGGGAUAGCAGGAGCUCUUUUACUUUUGUUGAUAGUACUGGCUGUAAUAUGCAUCAUCACAAAGAAAAAGAAAAAAGAAAGAAUGAACAAGGAGUCUUCUAUCUACAUCAGCAAGGGCAGCAUCUUCCGCCCUGGUGACAGGCACUUCACCAAAACCCGGUCUCAGAACGAAUCCCACGUCUACGACUCCAUAGAUGAAACAAUGGUGUAUGGACAUCUUCUGGGUGACUCAAGCUACACCGACACCCUACAAGACAACUUCAAAGGGAUACAGGUGGACUCUUAUAACACAUUUUUAGGCCCCACUGAUGGACAGCUUCCUGUUAUCAAAGAACCGGAUCCAGAGCCUGGGAGUGCCCACUACAAGACAUUCCUGGACCCCUCUGAGUCUUUCAUCCCGCCCCGUCCGCGCACGCCCAUCAGCCGGCAGGACAGUCUUGGCUUCCAGGACAGCAGGAUGGUGGACAACGAGCUGUACACAUUCAAGAGCAUAGGGGCCUUAAACGCAAUGCGGCUCUCUGGUGCCGACAUGGAGCCACAGCCACCGAUAACAGAGGAGGCCGUGUAGUGUAGCUCAGGACUGCAGCUGCAGGACAGGCCGCUGUUUAUCUGCUCUUGUUACAGCACAGAGUGUUUCCUGUCUGCACUGAUGUGAACUUCUGUGCCUCAAUCACACUCAGUCAAUCUGAGUUUGAUUAACUUUCAAUGUCGUGUUCGUCCUCUUCGUCAGAACUGAGUCAUUUCUAAAGCUUCAAGAGUAGAAGCGACAAGCCUCUUCUUUAAAGGAGCAGUUCAACAUUUUGCGAGGUACUUUAUUGCUUUCUUGCAGAGUUGGACGAGAAGAUUGAUUCCAUUGUCAUGUCUGCACAGUAAAUAUGAAGCUACUGCCAGCAGCUGGUUAGCUUAGCUUAGCUUAGCAUAAAGCCUGGAGACACGGGGAAACAGCUAGCCUGCUACCAGCACCUCCAAAGCUUAUUAAUUAACAUUUACCACACAAACAUGAGGGUGAUGUCAAUCUACUCAUCUAAUGCCCAGGAAGAAAGCAAGAAAGUGCAUUUCAUAAAAUGCUGAACUAUUCCUUUAAUGUUUGAUUUCUUUAGUUUUAUCAAAUCUCUGACCAUGUGACAUGGAUUCAGGAGCAGGGACUAUGGAAAAAAUGUGCAAGUACCUCUGGUCUUUGUUUUUAAAAGUGUUUUUAUAUUGUGUUAUAGUCUUUUUUAAGAGAUUUGUUUUGUCUUUACCUGUAAAUACAGCUCAGUUGUUUUUUUGUUUUUUUUUGGGCAAUAAAUUCUAGGUAAAUGAGCUGGUGAGGAAACAGUUUACUUCUUGAGGUAAUGGCUGCCAUCACACACCGAAGCACUGACAUUUAAUUUUCCCUCUUAUGCUGCAAGGCUGACCUUAUGCAUUCUGGAUGCUGAAAACAGUUUCAACCACAGGAACUCCAGCCAUGAAAAACAGUGUGAAGGAGGGUGUGGAGGAGAACACUGCAGAGCAGGAGCCAGUGUUUACCAUGGAGAAGUGUGUUUCACUGGAAACAAUAAAUGUGGACGCCAGGUUUA